AUGGACGAUUCUUAUAUUUGCCCGACAUAUUCAUAUACUGAGAACAUCGACUACAUGGGUAAGGCCGAUAUCCCCAACCACCACCUCCACCUUUGCUGGAAACGCAACAACUCGGUCACUAUCAAGUCCCAUCAAGACGAUAUCUGUCUCACUAUCCCUUCCACCAUCUCCAGAAGACUAGAAAACAUAUGCUGGAGAAGAUGGAACAAGCAGUUGCAUCUGUUGAACGAGAUCUCGCCAGCACACAUCAACUGGAACAAGACCCAGGAUAUCACAUGGCUCUACGGACCAAAAUACACAGAGCCUAGCCCUCUAGAGGAAGACAUGCCUCGUCUUACAAGCGACAACUUGCAUAAGAUGACAUACAACGAUGUUCCAGAUAUGGAACUCGAUGAUGUCUCCUCCGUUGGGCUGGCCUCAACCAUGUCAUUUGACGACGUUUCCCUGAUAGACACGGUAGAAGAAGAGGAGUUCGAGUUGUACGGAUUGAAGCUGGCACUUAGACGUACUCCAAGUACCAAAAAGAAGCUGGUAAAAUUCAGCUUCAUUGUUAACUCUCGUGAGUUUGUCAACGGCAUCCUGUUUGACUACGACUUUUUGGACACUCAGUGUUUGUAA